AAUCGGGUCUUCUAGCAACUCCCAAAACUGUCUAUAGAAUUCAACUGACAGGCCAUCAGGGCCAGGUGAUUUCCCUUUUUUCAUUGAAUUCAGAGCCUCUCUAAUUUCUCCAAUUGACACAGGUGAAUCGCAAACUGAGUGGAAAUCAUCCUCAAUUACAGGGACACAAUUCUGAAUGUGGCAAAUGUAGCUUUCACAACCAUCUUCCUGAAAUUGAGAGCUGUAAAGGUUUUCAUAAAAGGAAUUGAGAAAUUAUGAUAUUGUAAUGGGAUCUUUGCAUAAAACAUCGUUCAUUUUGAGUGCAGUUAUAGAUUUUCUUUUGUAGUUUCUCUUUUCAAGUGCAAAAAAGUAACUAGUGUUUCUUUCCCCCUCUUCAAUCCAUUUUGCUCUUGACCUUACAAAGGCACCCUUUGCCAGAUCUGUGUAAAGCUGUUCUAAUUCUAGUUGUAAAGACUUGAAUACAGACUCCUCUUCUUCAGAUAGAUUAUCUUUCUUUAGAAAACUGUCAAGCUUGCUCAUCAUCUCCUUUUCUCUAUGGUUCUUUAAUUGCAUCAGCUCUUUGGCGCGUUUAAUGGCUACCACUCUGACUUUAUAUUUGAAAAAUUCCCAUCUACUUCCAUGACCCAAGUCUUUUCUUGCAAAAAUAUCUUUAGGUAAUGAUUAGAUGUUUUCAAUGAGAGCAGUAUCUUUAAGAAGUGUGUUGUUUAAUUUCCAAUAUCCUCGAACACCUUUUGAUUUUUUAGUAGCUUGUAAAUUCAGGGAAAUCAAGUGAUGAUCAGAAAUGGGAGUCAACUGAUGAUCUACAUCUAUAACAAAUUGUAACAAAAAAGGGAAAUUAGGAAUAAAUAUAUUCUAGUGGGUGUAUUCCAACACAGCUACUGUCGGUGUGAUGCAUCAUUUCCGCUUCCGCUUUCCCUCUGAUUGCAUCAGUACCCUGUCAUCAGUUCGUCUAAGUUGGUAGCCGGGGAAAGAAAGACAUUGAUCAUGGUGGAGCCGGUUCCUGAAUCCAUCCACUUCCCUUCUGAGGAAAAGAGGAUCCUGCAGCUGUGGAAGGACAAGGACUGCUUCCAGGAGUGUCUCAAACAGUCCAAGAACAGGCCCAAGUACACGUUCUAUGACGGGCCGCCGUUCGCCACAGGUCUCCCCCACUACGGUCACAUCCUGGCAGGGACCAUCAAAGACAUCGUGACUCGCUUCGCCCACCAGAGCGGCUUCCACGUGGACCGCCGGUUCGGCUGGGACUGUCACGGCCUGCCUGUGGAGUAUGAGAUUGAUAAGACCCUGGACACUCAAGGGCACGCCGAGUGUGGACCAAGAUUGGGAUUUGGCUGA